AUGACGUUUAAAUCGGGGAAAGUGUUGUAUGGAUGUUGGCAUUGCCCGAAGGUUGGUGCAAACUUCUACGAGGGAAUCGGCACUGCAGAUUGUUGUGACACGGAUCGCUGCAACAAGCCGAAGCCUUUCAAUUGUCACCUUAGGGAAACGGAAAAUGAGGAAUCGGACAAAUGUGAAGCGGACGGAGUGGAGUCUUUUUGCGCGGGUUACUACGACGACUACUCUGUUGGGAAAUGCACAAAUGAGUGUAAGAAUCAAAAGCUGAACGUGCGAAUUGAGGGUGGAAAGGAUGCAGAGGGCAGGGAUCGGCCGAUGAUGUGUUGCGAUACGGAGAUGUGCAAUAUGCCGAAGACGAAGCCAACGCAGCCACCCGAGGACGGUGACGAUGAAUCGGGCGGUGCCUCUUCAAUGAACCCUAGCCAU